UAAUAAAUGAAAUUACGAUCUAUUAGCACUAUCGAUCAUCCAAAAGAAUUCUUAUUUCCUAUUGAACCAGAUCUUUCAGCCUCAAAGACAAUAACCAAUACAAACAUUUAUCAAAUAUAUUAAAAAAAUAAGCAAGCAACUCCAAAUAGACGUCCUUUAUAAUCUUAAUUCAAUUUUACUAAUACUUUCAGAUUAGACAAUACUACUCAAACAUCGCCAUUAAGAUUAUACCCUGAAAAAACAGAAUUGAUUAAUCUAUAAUCUAAAAGAUCCCUAACACCCUCUUCAAAACCUCAACAAAUCAAAGUAAAAGGACUCAGUGAAAAAUUUAAUGAAAUAUAACUAAAAAGAACUUUGAGACAUCAAGGAGUUGGAAUCGUUUAUUGUAGAUAAAACUAUAAUAAAAUCAAUAACAAAGGUGAUGGAACCGGUGAAAUUAUGCUUGAGGACAUUCAAAAUCUGAAUUAUGUCAAAUAAAGACUUAAAACCUUUGGCCUAGAAUUAGAAAAUGAAGGAAUACAUCAUGAGGUUAAACAUAUAAUCUCUGAAAAAUUUGCAAAGAUCUUAUAAACCGAAAAAAAUAAAACAUCUAGAAAUCAACACAAUUACUUUAGAGCAUGA